AUGGACCAGGAAAUAUUCCAUCAGAUCAUAAUCGGCCUGGUUUGUAAUCUGCUAAUUAUUGAUUGUGGACUGCACGAAGGAUGGCCAACAGUAACGCUUCCAAAAUUUGGAACCGAAGAUCCAGUGACUUUGACAUCUAAUCAAGAAGUCCUUUUGAUCAAUUUGCUGUACCUGGGCGUCAGUUUGGGAGCACUAUCUCCGAUAUUCCUGAUGGAUCGUUUCGGACGGAAAUGGACCCUACUGUCAGCAGCGGUGCCCAAAAUAUUCAGCUGGAUAGCAAUUGGGUUAGCAAAUACACACACGACCCUCUAUUGCGCGCGUUUGCUUGCGGGAAUUGGAUGCGGGAUAACUUACUCAGUGAUGCCGAUGUACAUAGGGGAAAUUAGCAGCAAAAGAACUCGCGGCCCUUUAGGAACAUUGCAGUCUGUGUUGAUAAACAUCGGGAUCCUCUUUAUCUAUACAAUCGGACUUUAUGUGACGAGAUUCGCCAUGGCGAUGAUGUCCCUGGUGCUCCCGGUCCUCUUUAUCGUCACUUUCGUCUGGCUGCCGGAGAGCUCGGUCUAUUUAACCCGGAAAAACAGGCUGACUUGCGCUGAAAAAACGCUGCAGUGGUCCCUGGGGAAGCAAAACGUCGAACAGGAGCUCGAAGAAGUGAAGCGAAUUGUCAAAACUGAGGAAGACGUCAAAGCGAUGGGAUUUUUCAGCUCCCUUGUCAAGGCAAUGAAGUCCCCGGCUAACAAAAGGGCUGCGCUGAUUAUGCUGAUAUUAGCGAGCGUACUGUCGCUAACUGGGGCAGGCGCGAUAAUGACUUAUCAAUCAUACAUAUCCGAGGAGGCUGGCUUUCAUUUGGGAACUAAUUUGGGGAUAAUAACCACGGGGGUUGCCAUUGUUUUGGCGGGAAUAGCUUGUGUUUCACUUGUCAGAACCACCGGAAAGCGAAGAUUACUUUUAUUAACUGCCCCGCUCGCAGUACUUUGUCUCGGAACAAUAGCCACCUUUUUCACACUUAUUGACUUUGGAUACGAUGUCAAGGCUGUUAAUUGGAUACCCACGGUGUUUGUGGUCUUGUAUGUUAUUAUUUAUGGACUCGCGUUUAAUCCAAUGCCCCUGGCUUACUUGGGGGAAUUGUUCACCUUUGAUUUUAAAGUCACUGCCGGUAUUUGCUCGUCCAUUUAUUACGCUAUCACGACAACUGGAAUUAUUAAACUUUAUCAGAUUUUACACGACGAUUACGGAACACACGUCGCAUUCUGGGCGCUCACAGUCAUAACUUUCAUACUGUGGAUCCUGAUGUACAUAUUCGUGCUGGAGACUGAAGGAAUGACUCUAGAGGAGAUCCAACUCGCGCUGACCGGGGAUUUCGUAAAACAAAAUUUGUCCAGAAGACAAGAAAGUUUUGAGUCUGUUAACAAAAUAAAUCUAACUAGCGUCAAAUCGACGAACUAA